AUGGCCUCUUAUCCAGAUACCUCCUCACCUGCGAUGCCCGAGGAUGUUGCAGUAGUCGGCCUUUCUUGUCGCUUCUCUGGAGGUGCAACCGAUCCUUCAAAGUUUUGGGACUUGCUCUACGAGCGUAGAUCCGUAUAUUUCAAAGUCCCCCGUGAUCGAUCCAAUGCCGAUGCUUUCCACCAUGCAUCAGGGGAAAAAGCGCACACUCUGCGGACCGCAGGCGGCCAUUUCCUGCGAUGUGACGCAGCCCAUACACCAUUUUUCGGCAUCACAUCCAACGAGCCCAAAGCGAGUGAUCCUGCCGCGCGCAUGCUCCUCCAGCUUAGUCGGGCUGCAUCUUGCGUGCCAGGGCCUGCGAUCAAGAGAAUCAACAGUGGCAGUGGUUUCGGGCGCAAAAAGAUGGAAAACUCUACAUUGGAUCUGUAA